CUCACUCCUCUCAGGCCCCCAUGCAGGCCCCGCCCAGGCUCAGCUCUCGCAGGUUGUCGCGAGGUUUGAGGCCGCGGGCCCGGCCCGGGCGGCUGCAAUAUGGCGGAGGCGGAAGGAGAGAGCCUGGAGUCCUGGCUGAAUAAGGCCACCAAUCCUUCCAACCGCCAGGAGGACUGGGAAUACAUAAUCGGCUUCUGUGAUCAGAUCAACAAGGAGCUGGAAGGGCCACAGAUCGCUGUCCGACUGCUGGCACAUAAGGUCCAGUCCCCACAGGAAUGGGAGGCGGUCCAGGCCCUGACGGUGCUGGAGGCGUGUAUGAAGAACUGUGGGCGGAGAUUUCACAAUGAAGUGGGAAAGUUCCGGUUUUUGAAUGAGUUGAUCAAAGUCGUCUCUCCAAAGUACCUGGGGGACAGGGUGUCUGAGAAAGUGAAGACCAAGGUUAUUGAGCUACUUUAUAGCUGGACGUUGGCCCUGCCAGAAGAAUCAAAGAUCAAAGAUGCCUACCACAUGUUGAAGAGACAGGGCAUAGUGCAGUCUGACCCACUGAUCCCUGUGGACAGGACACUGAUCCCCUCUCCACCACCUCGUCCCAAAAACCCUGUGUUUGAUGAUGAGGAGAAAUCCAAGCUUUUAGCCAAGUUGUUGAAAAGCAAAAACCCAGAUGACCUGCAAGAGGCCAACAAGCUGAUCAAGUCCAUGGUGAAGGAAGAUGAGGCACGGAUCCAGAAGGUGACCAAGCGUCUGCACACUUUAGAGGAGGUUAAUAACAACGUGAAGCUGCUCAGUGAGAUGCUGCUUCAUUACAGCAAGGAGGAUUCGUCAGAGGCAGAUAAAGAGCUCAUGAAGGAGCUGUUUGAUCGGUGUGAGAAUAAGAGGCGGACAUUAUUCAAACUAGCCAGCGAGACAGAGGACAAUGACAAUAGUUUGGGGGACAUCCUGCAGGCCAGUGACAACCUCUCCCGAGUCAUCAACUCAUACAAAACAAUCAUUGAAGGGCAGGUCAUCAAUGGUGAGGUGGCCACCUCAACCAUGUCUGACUCUGAAGGACACCACCACUCCAGGAACCAAGGCACUCUCAUCGACCUUGCAGAGUUGGAUGCACCGGGCAGCUCAACCCCCGUUUUGGCCCCCACCCCACCCUCCUCCGGCAUCCCCAUCCUCCCUCCACCCCCCCAGGCCUCAGCACCUGGGCGCAGCCGAUCGUCCAGCCAGGCGGAGGCCCCCCCAGGGCCCAACAACACAAGCAAUGCCCUCUCCUUGCUGGAUGAAGAGCUGCUCUGCUUGGGCCUUGCUGACCCAGCCCCUAGGGCUCCUCCCAAAGAGUCAGCUGGAAACGGCCAGUGGCCCCUGUUCCAGAACGAACAGUCGGACCUGGACUUCUUCAGCCCCAAACCUGGGACUGCUGCUUGUAGCCCCUCAGAUGGGCCUGUCCUCCAGCCCUCAGCAACCCCUGCAGGCAACUCCCAGCCUCCACUGCCACCCCCCUUCCCAGCUCCUGUGGUCCCAGCCAGCGUUUCUGCUCCAAAAACAGGCUUUUUGUUCCCCACUGGACCGGCCCCAGCUUCGGCCCCAAAGGCUGAACCCACAGCCCCCGGGUACCAUGGCUCAGCUUUGAGCGACAGCUCCCUGCACCAGUUGGAUGCCCUCGAUCAGCUUUUAGAAGAAGCCAAAGCGACCUCAGGCCUGGUGAAACCCAUCUCCUCCAGCUUCUUCCCUGGGGCCACCACCUCCCCUCUGCUCCCCAGCAGCACCUCAGCUAGGCCUCUCCUGCCGUUCUCCACGGGGCCUGGCAGCCCUCUCUUCCAGCCACCUGUCUUCCCAUCCCAGGGGAGCCCCAUGAAGGGGCCUGAGCUCUCCCUGGCCAGUGUCCAUGUCCCCCUGGAAUCUAUCAAGCCUAGCAGUGCCCUUCCUGUGACAGCCUAUGAUAAAAACGGCUUCCGCAUCCUCUUCCACUUCGCCAAGGAAUGUCCACCAGGACGGCCCGAUGUGCUGGUAGUGGUUGUGUCCAUGCUGAAUACGGCUCCUUUGCCUAUAAGAAGCAUCGUGCUUCAGGCCGCAGUGCCCAAGUCAAUGAAGGUGAAGUUGCAGCCACCCUCUGGGACGGAACUCUCUCCAUUUAGCCCCAUCCAGCCACCUGCAGCCAUCACCCAGGUCAUGCUGCUGGCGAAUCCACUGAAGGAGAAGGCCAGGCUUCGAUAUAGGCUGACCUUCGCCCUUGGGGAGCAGCUGAGCACAGAAGUGGGUGAGGUGGACCAGUUCCCUCCUGUGGAGCAGUGGGGGAACCUAUGACCCUGAAGGAUGCGGUCGUCUCCACUUUGAAGCCCAAGUAGGUUGCCCCGAGGCAGACAGGAGGGCUCUCCGGGUCGUCAUUCUCCGUGUCCUGACCACAGUGCUGGAGCUUUGGUAUGGAACAGGGGCCCUGGGCAUUGCUGCCAGGAGCUCAACUGUGAUGGUCUCUCCUUUGGCCCCUUAAAGGACCUGUUUUUAUCUACCUGUGUGACUUGAAGUGGCCAUGUACUGUUGGGCGGGAUGUGGCCCCGGACUCUGCACUGUUGCCCUGGGAACACAGACUUACAGCUGGAGUAGGUUUUCCCCUCGUGCUGGCACCCCGCUGCCACAAGGGAGGAGGUCUCUAAAAAGACUUGGGGCCCUUCCUCAAGGACCAGGUCCUCACUCCCCACCUUCACCAUGCUACUCUGUGCUCCCCUUGCUGGCAGGCUCCUACCUGCAGGAAGGUGGGCAAGGUCCAGUGUUCCCAAACGGGCCUGGGCACGAGAAAGGAGUGGGUGUGCUGCCUUCCACGGGCAGUGCCAGUCUGGAAUGGCCACUGGAUAAGGGUGUGCUUGUCCCUGGCGAUGGCAAGCUGUGUCCUUUGGACAUCUCAGCAGGACGUGGAACUCAGCCUAUUAGAAACAGAACUUGGCCCCAAAGUAGCCUAAACUAAGGCUGAGAGAGAAGACAGAAGAGAACGUUUCCCCUUCUCCGAAGCAGGUACUCGGAGCUUUCUUCGAAAAGUGUGCCUCCCAACAUGGGAACAGGCCAGCCUAUUCACUACCUCUUGCUUGGCAUGAAAUAAACUGCUGUCUUGCCCUUCGAGCCCCUGAAGGGAGGACAAUUCCUGCCCCCCUCUACGUCCUCCUGCCUUGGCCUCCCUCUACCCCCAGAUGGCCUGUCAGGACAAAAGUCAGACAGGAGGCCUCAGGGUCAGGCAAUUGCACUAGACUUACCUGCUGCCCAGAAACUGACUGUCCUCAGCUGCAGAGGGGUACUGUCAGCGAGAUGUUGGGUCUGGAGAUGGUGAGAUUGGGGGCCAUGCUUGAAUCGAGUCACCAGACCUUAUUGCUUGAACAGUGCUCAGCCCAGCUAGCUUGUGCCAGCCUGUAGGCCUCCCAGGGCAACAGGAAAGUGAGAACCACCAGCUGGGGAAAGAGGACACAGCUCACCUGAACUCAGCUGGACGGGCUCAGAGCCAUCUCCAGGGGAAGGUGGCACAAGCCACGUUCCUGGAUUCCUCCCUGUUCCUUGCCAGGCUUCCUUACUCACCUUCCCCUUCCCUCCCAUCUCUGGCAAGAUAGGUCAAACGUGAACUGAUUUCACUCCUUACGGAAUAAAUCCAAGAGUUUUCCAGAGGCUGGCUGCCGCAGCCCUGGAAAAGUCUGUGGGAUUGCUCCCUGGAACUGUACCUUUACAAUGAGGUUUAGGCGUUAAAAUUAUUUAUGAGUGUGACUGUUUCAUGGCAAACAGCUAUACUGGAUAUAUCAACUCUGCUGCCCUUAUUUUACUGCAUGUUAAAUAAAACCAUUUUCACCCUA